UCAAGGACAGUAAUAAUCUCUGGGUAUUCUCUUUUUAAGAUCACCAACAUCAUCAUGGGAGCAGAGAAAAACAUGUUUGCAGCACUCAAGCAGGAGUUGGAAAAACACCCCGUUGUGUCGAACCUGUUUUGUGGCUUUGUCAUGGUCGGUGUGGAGAAGAUGCUGGAAGUGGAGUUCGCCUGCCCUUGUUAUCCUGCUUGGUGGACCGGUGUCUUUGUCGCAUUAUUUUUCGUGAUUCCUGCAUCCACAGCUUUUUGUCUGAUGCUGCUGAUUCACGGCUGUGGGUAUAAAAAUAUGGCCUAUAGCUUUCUUUCUGCCCUCUCGUGGGUGGCCCUGCUGUUGCUUGAUGGACGGUAUGUGGUCUGUGCUACGACAGACCGGCCAGGCACGUUUGUUUCUGCCAAGGAAACCUUCCUGAAAUGGUGCACACCAAACAACACAACACCCAACUUAACAGACGAACUGCGGUAUCGCUCACGCUGGUUUCACAUUUGGUCUCAGGUGGCUGGAAUUGUUAUCCUCUCUAUUUUACUCGUGAUGUUCAUCAUGCAAAUGGUGCUUGAAAGAAGAAGCAGAAAACCUGAAAAUGGUGGGCAGCCAGGUCAAAAGAAGAAACCAGGGGAACCCAACAGUCCUGAAACACUUCACCUUCAAGAAGUUUAAAAGUUUAAAAGAAACAAAGGAUCAAAUGUUUUGUUUAGGGACCUGUGGAUAUCUUAGCUAGGACCUUUCUUGGUACAGUCUUUAACUGUGAGAGUAGGGAGGUUCUAGAGAAGGCUUUCCACAUUCACAACUUUCAUAACCACCACAGAUCCUUGUUCAGAAUCAACCCUUGGUCAAGUAGUACUCUAGACAAAAUGUCUUAGAGCCAGGCUCCAACUCAUUUUAAACAACUGAGAAUUUUCUAUGAUUUUAUUUCCUUUUAUUUUUAGUCAACCUAUUCAAUACUUUCAUAAACUUAACCGGAGUGAAAGAAUGCAGAAAAAGAAACAGUAGGAUAAUGAUAAAAACCCAAAAUCUCCCAAAACUUGUUAAAUGGUUUAAAAAACAACCAAUGUCUGAUGCUAGCGAUGAAAGGCUAACGUUAGCUGUCUUCUUGUGGAGCCGAGUGCAUAUCAGUGUUCAUUUCGCUGACUAAAACUAUGACUAAAAAUGUUUGUCAACAUCCUUUUUCUCCAUGAUAAAAACUAGACUAA